CGUUGGAGUUUACCGUCACUGUUUAUUAUUACAAAAAUGACAAAAAAAAUUGACACGGCAAAUCAAAUAUUUUUCAUGGCAAUUUAUGUUGAUGCGAGUAUGACAAAUUUAGUUUGGGAGCAUGGUAAUUUCCUGGCAGAAAAAUGAUCAUCCAUGGUGGAUUUACCAUGUUCGCAACUAAAAUUGUCACCUGGGCAAACAUAAUUUUUCAUGAAAAAUAUUCAAUUUGCCAAGCCUAAAAAUCUGACGUCCACUGGAUAUUCACAUCCUAUUAUUAUUACCACGAGUGCAAAAGCACCCACCACUAUUGACGCACACCCAUCUCUUAUCCAACUACCGAACUACGGAUAUCUAUAGCUUUGCGUUGAUAUAAUUGUUGCUGUUUGUGGGCAAAACGAGCAACCAUUAAAAUUCUGCAUAUUCGAAUUUGGAGAAACCAUUUAUUCGUUUGAAUGACCAUUUACUAUGGAACAGUUCAGUACAGUCUAUUGUAUAUAGGUAUCGAUGUAAAUUUCAAACUAUCAGUUCAAUGAAAUACCUUGCCCCACCUUAGUUCAACGAAAUGAAUUAACUUUUUAGAAGUGAUGUAAAUUCUCAAGCUUCAGUUCAUUUAGUUGAAGCAAGCAUGGUUGGAGGAAACCCUAAAGCUUCCAAAUUUGCAUGCCUAUACACAGAAGUUGAAUAGAUGGGCUUUGCAAGGUUUUUUUUUUUACAAACUAGGCCGACAACCAUCUGGAAAGCUAGUAGAGAACAAGAGAUUCAGCUUCUAAGUAAGACUCUAGCGAGCUGAAACUAUGACAUGUAAAUGAUGUCUUCUUUUUUCGAAACAUAAGGUAAACAAAUUACUGAACACGUUGCCAUAGUUUGAUUUAAGAUUGUUUUCAUCAUCACAGUAAUGUAAAGAACACAAUAUAGGAUUUGAGCCCUUGUGGGAUACAACCCAAGGUUUUGGAUCCCAAAUAGGCAAAUUUUCUUGUGGGUGGGCGAUAUUCCCAAUAACCACGGUUACCGAGAAAUACCGAAAAAAAUUCGAACGAAAUUUACAUUGAAUUUUGAAUUGAAACAAUUUUAAAUUAGGUAUAAUAAUAUAUUGAACUAAUCUGAUUCAGAAAGGAGGUAGUAUAGCUCAGUGGAUAUCCACUACGUGCGCCAUUAGAGCAUAUCCAAUAGAUGGUCCAAAUUUUGACGGUCCAAAAUCGAAAAUGUAAAUUUUGGACCGCCAAAAAGCGCGUUUUGGAGCUCCGAAAAAAGGCCAACUCCAACAGAUGGUCCAAAUUCAUGGUCCAAAAAAGCAACUCCAAUAGAUGGUCCGAAUUCAUGGUCCAAAACUGGCCAGCAGCCGCCCGACUGUUGUUCAGCCGCUGGCCACCGGUUGGAUUGGCUGCUGCGGACGGCUGCGGUCGGCUCCGGAUGGCGGCGGUGAUAAGAAAUGAGGUAGGAGGCCGGCCAAGAGGAGCUCGGCGGGCGGCGAAGACUAGUUCGGCAGCCGGGUGGAGGGCUUGGUGCGGCGGUCGUGUGGCCGGUGCAACGGCCGUGGACAUGCUCACGGCCGACGGGAGGAGGUCGGCGGCAGCCUAUAAGACCCGGCGAAGGCCUACCGCGGCAGCCGAACCACCGGAGGGACCGAAUCCCGCGCCGGCUGCCACCCGAUUCGGUGGCGUCCGGGCGGCGGCGGGGAGGCGACGGGGGCGACGGCGGCGGGGAUGUGGGAUGGUGGCGGCGCCGACGGCGAGGUUUUGGGCGGUCGCGGCGGCGGAUUCCGGCCGGCCUGUUCUUCGGGCGGCAGGACGGGCGCGGGCGGGAAAGGAAAUGAAGUGGCGGUUGGGCGUUCGCGGGCGGCGGCUGGUUUUGGACCAGAUGCAUCUUGUGAUGUAUAUUUGCACCGCUGGGUGUUGUAUUUUAUAUCACGAGGAGCCCGCGGUCCAAAUUUUCUUGCAUAUGGACCGUCUGUUGGAGCAGCGUUUUUUGUUCAAAACGAUUCAAAAAUUAGGUAUUUUUAUAUAUGAACCAUUUAUUGAAGAUGCUCUUAUCUGUGUAGAGGUCCUGAGUUCAAUUCUUUGGCCGUCAUUUUUUCACGUUUUUUACUGCAUAUUCUGAAAAAUAACAAAAAGAACAAAAAAAUGCGGAAGGAGGACUCAAACCAGCUACCUCUCAACGCGAAUAACAUAUGGUCACCACUACGCCAAAGUAAGGGAGUUGUCUCAAAAGAGAAACAAAGACAAUUUAUUUGACCUUGAGCAUUCAAAUUCAGAUUAUUCAAAAAUUUCGGUAUUUUUUGCUCGGGAUAGGUAUUUCUCGUGGGGCAGCGAGAAACUCGGUUACCGCUCUGUAUCCGUUUUUCUCAGGCGGUACCCAAAACUAUGAUACAACCACACCCUUCUGAUCAUCCAACCACUGAUUGAUUCUCGAGGGUCGCUUUUUUUUUUUUUGAGGGGUGACCUGCAUGAAAACAACUUGUCCAGUAUCGAGGGCCCAACAUGGUAUGAUGCGUCGCUGGAUGGAUUGUACGUCUGCGUCACUUUUAGAUAGACGGUUGCUCCACACAUAUCCUGGGGCAUAAAAAAAGGCGCACGAGGUGCAUGAGGGGGGCUCGUGUCCUAGUCACAGCUUUGCCAACUUGUUAGUUUGUGUGACAGCGAAGUAGCACAAUGACCGACUAGUGACAGGGCCAGAGCAGCAGUGCAAGAAAGGGAAACCUGUCGAUGCCAUUGUGUGACUAAUAUAAAAAAUGCCACAAUUAAAAAUAGGAAAAUUUCUCAAUCACAUCUUUUACUUCAGAAGCAUGUGGGUGAUAGGUUGACGGAGACAAUUUUUUAGAUAGGCGACGGAUUCUAGAAUGGUUUGUUCUGGAAAAGAGUGUAAAAUGUGUAUGCCAUGCAUGCAGGACCGUCCCAUGGGGGUACACCUACCUGUUUGUCAUUUUGGCUUCGUUUUGUCUAGUAAAAGUACAACAGAUCCAUUAGCCAAAACAAGAGCGAAUCAAACCCAGCCCACCACUGAACCGCGUAGAUUUGGAGGGGAUAUAUAUGUAAAACUAUUGGCUAGCUCCUCAAGGCGAUCAUAAUUGCGCCAGCUACAUUUUGUUCUCAAAAUUCAGUAAACAUAUGAUUACUUUGAAGCACUGCGUGCUGCCACCUGCUGACUUUGCUAGUUGAGUUCAACCUGUCACAGUCAUUUCAUUAUUGUUAUUUUCAAAAGAAACACGAGCAUUACAACUAUUAAGACAUACUCCCUCCGUUCGGAAUUACUUGUCGCAGAAAUGAAUGUAUCUAGAUGUAUUUUAGUUCUAGAUACAUUCAUAUCCGAGACAAGUAAUUCCGAACGAAGGGAGUAGUUUGCCAACAUGUCAUCAUGUGCAUCGAUGUCAUCACCACUUACAACGGAUGAGGGAGAGUGGGUGUUUGUAAACUGACAAAUCUAACUAAAUGAUAGUACACCUUUUUUUCUGAAAACUUCACGGGAGCAUUCUAGCACUUCCUCUCUAACUAAAUAUAAGACAUUUUUGUAGUUUGUACAAAAGCGUCUUAUAUUUAAUUAGUUAUAGAGGUAGUAUCUAUUAGAGGAGAAGAAGCGAACCAAUAUAUGCUCCAUAUACACUAGUCUUUGCCUAGCUGGGGGGGGGGGGGUGGUCCAACAUCCUGCACUACACACUACUCUGCCAGAGGCCAGCCUUCUAACUCUCAUAUCCUCACGGGUGUUGAAAAUAGGCUGUAACGGAACUGUGAUCAUUCAUGAAAAUUGUAGCAUUCCAGUCCUUCCAAAUGCGCGGAGCACACUCCUUCCUGUCAGGCUCUCAACCUUCGUAAUCAUUGCCCUGUUCGCUACCAUCAGGCCUUGAGAAUAAUCGGGUUGGUGGUCGAUGUUGGCGCAAUAAUCUGAAAUUCUGCACCACAACAACGGAAGGCAGGGAGACACGCAUUUGUUUGGAUCGACAAAAUACUUAUCAGCAAGUCACCUCACUUGGAAGGGAUGAUGUGGACUGAAUCGGUGUGUGGCGAUCCGCGUGCGACAUUGUCAACUAUCAUCACGCGUGGCUAAUGAGCACUGACGUUCACUCUCCCUGCUUGUCCCUACGUUACGUGCAUCCACGUCUCGUUUCUAUCAUAACACAUGCCUUCCAUGUAUACCUCAUAUAAUUGCCCCUUCUCUUCUCCCAUCUCAUCUGCCCCCACUUUCUUCUAUAUAUGAGCUGCUUCCGCUUGCUCCUCACUCCAGUGGAAGUGUGGAACCCCACGAAUCAAGCAAGACACCCCCACGACCACCGGCGAUUGACCAUGGCGGCCGCCAACGCAUUUACCAGCGCUUCCAUGCCCUGCGCUGCGAGCCUGAGCGGCUCUGCCAAUGUGAUCGCCGUGUGCCCACGCUCCGUGGCUGCCGCGAGGACGUCGCCCUCGUCGUGCUUGCGUCCUGCGCGGUGCGCCGCCGUCCGGACAGCAGCGCCCGUGGCGGCAACGUCGGAGGGUGACGAGAGGCGGUUCGAGCAGCUGGCGGUCCCGCCGGAGCUGGUGGAUGAGCUCGUGGAGGAGGCGCUCGUCUGGUGCUCGCAGCACGGCCUCGUCGUCGGCGACAAGAACCACCCGAGAUCAGGAAAGGCACCCGGUGUUGGUCUGCUCCAUGCUCCGUUUGCUCUCUUGCCAAUGUCAUUCCCAAAGGUUUACUGGGAGCAGGCGCUUGAGUUGGCUCCACUUUUCAAUGAGCUCGUUCACCGUGUCAGCCUCGAUGGAGACUUCUUGCAGCAGACUUUGGCGAGGACAAAAGAAGUGGAUCCAUUCACUAGGAGGCUUCUAGAUAUUCACUCGAAGAUGAUGGAACUGAACAAGAAAGAGGACAUUCAGUUGGGUCUAACCAGGUCAGACUACAUGGUAGAUGGGGCAACGGACAAGCUUCUUCAAGUGGAGCUCAACACGAUCUCCACAUCCUCCAAUGGUCUUGCUUGUGGUGUAUCUGAGCUCCACAGAAAUCUGAUCAGACACCAUGAGAGGGAACUUGGUUUGGAUCCAGCUAGUGUUGUUGGAAACACUGCGAUAACCCAGCACGCCGAAGCAUUAGCCACUGCAUGGGCCGAGUACAACAACCAAAGCGCAGUAGUUCUGGUCGUUGUUCAAGCAGAAGAAAGGUACAUGUAUGACCAGUACUGGAUCACGGUCGCGCUGAGAGAAAUGUAUGGGGUCACGACUAUUCGCAAGACAAUGGCAGAAAUAGAAGCGGAGGGGGAUCUUCGUCCUGAUGGGACGCUCGUGAUAAAUGGACGCCCAGUUGCAGUAGUUUACUUCAGGGCAGGCUACUCACCGGCUGAUUACCCAUCAGAAGCUGAAUGGAGAGCAAGACUCUUGAUCGAGCGUUCUUCUUCUAUUAAGUGCCCAUCAAUAGCACACCAUCUUGUCGGUACAAAGAAGAUUCAGCAAGAACUGGCAAAGGAAAAAGUGCUUGAAAGGUUUCUUGACAACAAAUCCGACAUCGAAAAUGUACGAAAAUGCUUCGCAGGAUUGUGGAGUUUGGAGACUGACAAUAUAGUCAAUUCCGCUAUUGAAUCACCGGAGUUGUUUGUUCUCAAACCACAAAGGGAGGGUGGAGGGAACAACAUUUACGGUGAUAAUCUGCGUGAAACGUUGAUUCGCCUUCGGAAGGAUGGAAGCAAUGAAAUUGCAGCAUACAUCUUAAUGCAAAGGAUAUUCCCACCAACAUCCCCCAGCUAUCUUGUCCGUGAGGGAACUUUUGUUAGGGAUAAUGUGGUUUCUGAGUUUGGAAUAUUUGGAGCCUACCUGAGGAACAAAGACAAGGUCAUUAUAAAUGAUCAGUGCGGUUAUUUGUUGAGGACGAAAGCAGCUUCACUAAAUGAAGGUGGGGUGGUCGCUGGAUAUGCGUUUUUGAAUAGCAUAUUUCUGACAUGACAAGGCCGGUUAUCCACGAGCUACGCACCGGAUCCAUAUGUAGUACUUACAUCAGCAUGUGGAGGCUCGGGGCUUCUAGACUUUGGAUGCCAGCAAUUGGAGAUGGCCGUACGGGCUAUAUGGUAGCAUAGAACUAGGUUUAGUAAUGCAUGAGAGUCUUAUGUACAAAUGUAUUGUUCUUGGUUGUGUCCUUUUUAUCUAUUUAUGUAAUGCCCUAAAAAUUGUAUAAUAAAUGGCUAUGCGCAUCAAUCGAUGUUGAUGCCCGGUGUAACACACCUCCUUUUCUAAAAAUAACCAAAAGGCAAAUAAUCGGGCAUAA